AUAUUAUAGAAACAGGUAUAGUUACCAGCUUGCACACCCUGGCUCUUGCCCGGUCGAGAAGGCUUCAGAAACCCACAAACUUCAGAGUAAAUAAUUCCACCGGCACACAGGUCUUAGUUGCAAGCAGGGACAACCCUUGCUGUAUUUUAUUUGCGUGCUGCAACGUUUCGGGUGAUCCCCUUUGUCAAGCAUACAAACCGUUUGUGAUCAAGACUAUUUAACACAACCUCUAGUGUAGCUAAUUCACAUAGUUAAUUGAAGGCGUGCACCAAUCAUUAACCCCUUCAUGACAAAUGUCAAAUAUCAAAUAUAAUAAGAUAAAAAGUAUUUAAAAUAUUUGUUUGUUACAAGAAAUUAUGUUAUCACAGUAAUAAGUGAAACCAACAUCCACCAUUAAAAGUUAAAAUCAAGUGGAAAAAAAAUUGAAAAAAAUUGAACAAAUGAAGAAAAAUGUCAAAAACGAAUAAAAUUAAUUAAUGUUCAGAGUCCAGGUCCCUAAUUUUCAGAUGAGGCUCCAACAUUCAUCCAGAGAGUGAGCACACCACAGGCCUCUUUCUCAGGAAUCCAUCACCAGGUACAGUAGCUCCUUUACAUUUCUUUACUGUCUCUGAACUCCAGACAUCUCUCUGGUCGAGCUCCCACAUGAUUCUCAGGGUCCCGGUAUCCCUGAGUCCACCAAGGACCACACCUGCCUUGGGGCCUCUCUGUGCUCCAGCUGCAUCCAACCCCUCUGGAGUGCAAGGGAAAAAGAGAGACUGACCACAUGGCAGCUCUGCUUUAUAAAGAGUUGUGCAACAGUGACACUUCCUUGCCAAAAAUGGAAUCUGCCAUGGCACACCACUAGGGAAUAGGACUCACUCCCCCUCCCUUAUCCAAUUUAGGUCCAACACUUAGCUGGCCACAGCAGGGGAUUUCCAACCAUGAGGGAUUUUCAGACCAUAGGGGAACUUAAACCUAUGGACCCCUACAAAUGUAACAGACUAUACACUUAGGUGCUGAAGUUUGGUUACCUUCUGUAGAUUUACAUUUGUCUUUGUGUAUCCAGACAAAGUGGGCAUGGCUAUAAAAUUGUCACCACAUUGAGCAGGUGACUGUAAGGUUUAAAAAAUGAAGACAACUGCAAAGUGAAAUACACCUGUACUGGAAAUUAAUAUUACAUAUUCACCCUGUUUUAUGAUUUGUCUCUGCCAGUUGAUGGGGCUUUGGGACUUUAAAUGGAUUGUGAUUUAAAAGUAUGUUUAACUGUGCUUGCCUGUAUACUGCUGCAAUUUCUGACAUGUCCGAAAUGAUAACAUAGCUGACAUACUGUAACAAUUCAUAUCCAAUUUUCUUAUAUAACUGAUGUUAUGAUUAUUUUAGGAACCAUUUAGUUCCUUUUAGUUGUGUAGUCGGAUAUCACAUGUGGAAAAGCAAAAAGCCAAUUUCGUACCAGAUUUUCCAUCUCUCUAAAUGGAGCAGCCUCAUUACUUCAGUCAGGUUAUUGUGCUUUCAAACAGUUCUGCUGGUAAUCAAUUUCCUCUCCAAUGUCUAAUGCAUGCAGUUUGUAGGAGGAGCGGCUAAGUGUACAAAAGCUUUCCAAGGAGCGAGAAACACUGAUCGAGAAAUGGAAGAAAAAACAGUCUGAAAAGCGAAAGGAGCUAUAUUUCCAUGAAGUAAAACCUGAAACAAAGAAGAGGGAAUAAUUCAGAAUUUUCAUUUAAGUUCCAUAUCUUCAGGAUGUCAAGGUCAUUAAAUCGUAAACAAGACAUCUACAGAAUAGACUGGCAAUUACCUGCCGUCUCAUCAUCUGCUUCAGCACAUCAUAUUAACAGAGAUCUCUUUGUUCUCUCAUAUGGUGCAUUGGUAGCACAGCUCUGCAAAGAUUAUGAACGAGAUGAAGAUGUGAACAAAUACCUGGAUGCAAUGGGAUACAACAUUGGAAUUAGACUAAUAGAAGACUUUUUGGCGAACACUGGAAUAAAAAAAUGCAGAAGUUACAAUGAGACAGUGGACGUCAUUGCUAAGGUGGCUUUCAAAACCUACCUUGGAAUCACCCCAACUUUGAUUGGAGGAAAUGAUGGGGGGAACAGCUUUUCCCUUAUAUUGGAUACAAAUCCACUGGAUGACUAUGUUGAAGAGCUUCCACCUGGGAGAUCAUCACUUUCCUAUUGUAAUCUUUUAUCUGGAAUCAUCAGGGGAGCUCUGGAAAUGAUUCACUUACCUGCUGAUGUCAGUUUUAUCCAGGAUAGACUGAAAGGGGAUGAUGUCACCGAAAUAGGAAUCACAUUUCUCCAAAAAAGCAAUGAGAGAAAAUCGAAGCGAAAUAAAUGAAGGCAGUUAUUGCAAUUAAAAAAGUAAUUUAUUUCCAUAUGAGAUACUGUGUAUGGAAAUGAUGGUGUAAAUAAAGCAAAAAUGGAAAUGUAAGCAUA